UUCAGCUUAAUCACUUUGCUAGUGGUCUAGUGGUUAGGGCGUCCACCUCGGCUGCGGUAGGUGGUUCGUUCGAAACCCACCGCCGGAGACCCAACCGGUCAAGAAAACGGGUACAGACGUGGACCCUGGCCAGGCGCCCGGCUUUCUUUCUAGGGUGUGCGUCUGGGAAAGGCUUCGCAAACCCCGCCCCCCUGGGCUGUAGUCCCUUAUAGCUCAAUAGUUUCGAACUGUUCCAACCUGAAAAGGUGGUACCCUCGAUACGUCUGUGAACCACAGGUCGAUCAAUACGCCCGUGGUACUGUGAUGAUAAGUCUCACAGGUAAACGCCUGCUGUCACAGGCUUGUUCUGUGAUGCUGCUUCCUCACCUUCGGGUGGUCGUACGUUCGUGCCCUCGCGUCGUCAAGCGCCAUGGUCAAAGGAUUUCUCCGAAAAUCCUGACCGAUCAUAGCUGUCCCGGCAAAGUCCAAUGCAGUGUCUGCAACGGCUGUCUGACAGAAAAAAAGAAAACGAAAAAAAAAAACUGUGUGGCCCUGACGUUACAUUGGGCAACGUUGAACCGCAGGCUGCUGUCGGUGUUCAUAGCCUUCCUCGAGGCUUACGGCAUCCAAGACGUGAACUCGGUGUUGCGCCACUACGGCUUCGACGAGCCCAGCGUACUGGACGAGACGCUGGGCCAACUGUUCCUGCUGGAGCUGGCGCGUCCCAUGGGCGACUUUCUCAUCCACUGUCCCACGCUCUUCUUCCUGGAAGAAGCUGCGAGCGUUGGUGGCCGGGCGUUCUUCUACGAGUUCGGAUACAGCCCCAGUUACAGGACGUGGCCCGCUUGGCAGGGAGUGCCACAGUUCAUCGAUUUCAUGUUUGCGACGGGUCUCCUGGCUGAGCUGGACGCCAUUAAGCCGGUCUCAGCGCGGGACAUGGCGGUCGCCCGGGACUUUACCAGGAUUGUCGCUGGAUUUGCGAAGACCGGGAACCCCAACGUUCUUCCCAACAUGCUGUGGCGCCGUUGGGAACCUUCGGCCGACGGCGCGCUCGUGCUGGAUUACGACGUGGACAGCGCGUACAAACAAGGGCCGAGCUUCCCGGAGAAAGGCAACUGCGACUUCUGGAGAAGACAUUUCGUGCUGAGAAACUGACCACAGGCGUGUCGCACAUACGCUCAGUGAAUGCUGCACUUGUGUUUGUCCUUCUGAUUUAACUCUAACGAAUGAACGUGGAACACGACGUGGCCGUUUUGUCUGCAACCAGACCGACUCAUCCGCGUGCCAGUGGCGUCCUCCCGAUACGCGACUAUGCGCCAGUUAUUUCUCCUCACUGUUAUACCUUUCUGUUUUGCUUCUUUUCUUUAACCAAUCACAAGCAGUGUUUCGAUUAUACCGAUGAAAAUGGCAUACGGCUUGAAUGAUCGAAUUUUCAAAUGGUUUGCCAUGGGUUGAAUGGCCUGUCGUGCGCGUAGCUGAUGG